CUUCGGAAUCGACUACGAGAAGGACAACACUGCGCCCAGCACACCCAGCGCCGACCACCUUCUCGCGCCCCGAACAUCCCCGGAGUAGUCGAGCAUCACCGCAAUCAUGUCUGACGGCGAGGUCGAGGUUGAGCAGGUCCAGGGCUACUCAGUCCUCCCUAAGGAUGUCGUCCAAGAGAUUGGCUCGACCAAGCUGUUCAACAAGUGGAGCUACGAGGACGUAGAGAUCCGCGACAUUUCUCUCACCGACUACAUCCAGAUCCGACAGCCAGUCUACAUCUCGCACUCCGCCGGCCGAUACGCUGUAAAGCGUUUCCGCAAGGCUCAAUGCCCCAUCAUUGAGCGUCUCACCAACUCGCUCAUGAUGAACGGCCGCAACAACGGAAAGAAGCUCAUGGCUGUCCGCAUCGUUGCCCACGCUUUCGAGAUUAUCCACAUCAUGACCGACCAGAACCCCAUCCAGAUCGCCGUCGAUGCCAUCGUCAACUGCGGUCCUCGUGAAGACUCCACCCGUAUCGGAAGCGCCGGUACCGUUCGUCGCCAGGCCGUCGAUGUCUCCCCUCUCCGCCGUGUCAACCAGGCCAUCGCCCUCCUCACCAUUGGCGCCCGUGAGGCCGCUUUCCGCAACAUCAAGAGCAUUGCUGAGUGCUUGGCGGAAGAGCUGAUCAACGCUGCCAAGGGUAGCUCCAACAGCUACGCCAUCAAGAAGAAGGACGAGCUGGAGCGUGUUGCCAAGUCCAACAGAUAAACGUGGGCUUGUGUACCACUGUAUCGCAACUGCAUGGGGUACGAUGGUUGGAGUUAUUACAGCAUGGUCGGAACUCGGUGUUGGUGCGGUUGUAGCCUCCGGAAUGACCUAGAGCAGGAAUGGAGGCAAGAAAGAUAUCAAUGAAUGAUCCAACCUGUCGCAGUGUCUGGCCCUUUUUUCGCGCAGCUUGACACGGAGUGCAUAGGGCUGUAUCUAUCUUACGGCUUCCCACGAAACUACUUCAAAUCAAUGAUGCAAAACG